AUGCUACUAAAUAGAACUCAGCAAUAUCUUAUAGCUUAUUCAGCAAUAACCAUGGCUCUACUAAGUUGGUCGAUCUAUGAUUCCUUAUCAAAAUCUUAUAAUUUUGUUAUGUUUAUAGUAGAAUUCACGGAUGGAAUCAAACUUGGGAUCUUGAUUAAUGUCAUGGUUUUUUUAUUUUUAGCAAUUGAUAAAACUUUACAAGUAUUGAUAUUUGGAUCUUUAAGAAUGGUUGAAGUGGAACAUUUAUUUGAAAAAUUACCUAUUUUUGCCAUUAAUUUAUUAUUAAAUUUAACUAUGGGUGAUAAUAACAUGAUUUUAAAUGUUUUUCUCAUGGGGUUAAGUGUUAGUUUUAAAGUAUUCCAUAUCAUAAUGUUUGAUCGAUUAGAUUAUGUAAAUAUUUUAAUUGUGAACAAGAUUAAUAAUCAUGAAUCUCAAGUAGAUUUACGUGAUGUGAUAAAACAUUUUGGAUUACUGAUUAAUUUUUGGUUAAAUUUAUUUUUCAUCUUUGUUGAUUUUGCAUUAGCUAAAUUUUUAGUUUAUGAUGUUUUUCAAGGUAUAAAUUCUGUCACUUGUCUUUUAUUUGGAUUUCAAUUUGCUGUUCAAGGUGUUAAUGCAUUGACUUUUUUUGCAAAAUUGGCAUUGGGCAUUUAUGAAAUUGUAUUUUACAGAAUAAGAAAGAAUGAAAUAGAUGGAGGACAGCAAGUCGGAGAGACCGUUGAAACAGAAAAUGAAGUUCCAGAAGGUGAAAGUGAAUCUUUUAGAUCAGGAAAUUUGGGUGAGGCAGAUGUCGAAGAUGAUGAUGAUGAAGAAGAUGAUGACGAAGAAUUGGAACUUAUUUGGGAUAAUAAACCAUACUAUACCAAGGGAGUUGAAAUUGCAUCUUCAAUUUUAACUUCUAUUUCUUAUUUAUCAUUCCUUUAUUUAUUAACUGUUCAUUCCGGACUUUCCUUGCCAUUAUCUAUGUUACAAGGGACUUAUUCCUCAAUAAGAAAAACCUGGAUUGAAGUUACCCAAUUACUUACAUUUAUAGAGAAAUCAAAGAGAUUGGAUAGUCAAUUGGCCAAUGCUAAUCUGGAAGAUUUAGAAGCAUCUGAUAAUUUAUGUAUUAUUUGUCGUGAAGAUAUGCAUUCAAUUGAAGAAUAUCAAAGGAUUUAUAAUAAACCACAAUCUGCAAGAAGAUCACCAAAGAAAUUAAAAUGUGGACAUAUUUUGCAUUUGGGAUGUUUGAAAGAUUGGUUAGAAAGAUCUGAUAGUUGUCCAUUGUGUCGAAGAAAAGUAUUUGACGAUGUAGGUGCAUCAACCCCUGCAUCGGCACCUGGACAACCACAAGCGCAAGCUCCACCUCAACCACAACCUGGUCCAGUUCCAAUUAUUCCACAAGCCAAUGUUGCAAACCCACCAGCAAAUGUUGAUCUUCAAAGAGGACUACGAGAAAUCAAUGAAUUUCUUCACACAAUCCAACCUCAACGUCAACAAGCAAAUCAACAGCAACCACAAAACCAAGGUGGAGUAACUCCAAAUCAAGGACAUGUACAAACUCCAAUAGGAACAGGUACUGGUACACCUGCAGAACCAAUAGAAGGUUCUUCGAGAGACGCACAACAGCCAGUAUCGAUUGCGUCGUCAUCUACUAGUGGAUCCUCAACACCACCAUUGUAUCAAGCAUUAUCAUUACCAAGCAAUGCAUUAAUACCUCCUGGUUGGUUAUUACUUCCAUUAGAAAAACCACAAGAAGGAGAACAAGGAGACGUUGAUUAUAAAGUGAGUCUUUCAACUCAUCAUAAAGCAAACAUGAAAUUACAAACAAAAGAAUCAAUUACCCGUAAUAUUAAAGUCUAUGAAGUUCCAAAAGAAUCACCUCCUAUAUAG